GUUGCUGUUAUUACGCGAGUGAGUUCAGAGACUGUUUUAGCAAAUAGUCUGACGUUACUAAAUGGAAGGUUAUGUCGGGGCUUACGACGAGCAGUCUGACUCUACAAAACAACAAGAGAGGCACUACUAUCUUCUGUCUGAGUUACAGGCACUCGUGAAAGAUUUACCGAGCUCCUUUCAGCAGCGCCUGUCCUACACCACGCUGAGUGACCUUGCCUUGGUCUUGAUAGAUGGAACAGUGUAUGAGAUCGUCCAGGGCCUGCUCGACAUACAGCACCUGACAGAAAGGAACCUUUACAACCAGAGGCAAAAACUGCACGGUGAACACAGAGCACUCAAGCAGGAGUUGGUUCGGAAGCACAAAGAAGCCCUGCAGGCCUGCAAAACGCACAACUUGGCAGUUCUCAGAAUGAACCAGCAGGGGGAGACAGAGGCCCUGGAGCAGCGGGUGAGGGAGGAGCAGAGAAUGAUGGAUGAGAAGAUUGUGUUGGAAAUGGACCAGAAGGUGGUGGACCAGCAGAACACUCUGGAGAAGGCUGGCGUCCCAGGGUUCUACUUAACGACCAACCCUCAGGAGCUGACCAUGCAGAUGAACCUGCUGGAACUCAUCCUCAAACUGCAGCAGAAAGAGGUUCAGUCUGGAAAUAUGUCCUGAAUAAGGGACCUUGGAGGAAGUGGAACCACUGGGUGUUCACAAAAGAAGUGUUACUCUCUCUACUGAUCCUGAAUAUCCUGUUUUUACACAGGCAUCUCUACACAGCUUUCUAACCACGGCAAACAAAGGACCCUUUUCUGUAAAGGCAGAAAUGGAUCUUGUGUGUACUAAGGCUACUUGCACAACUCAUUGUGACAAGGAUAUGAGUUUGUAAUGAUAUGCAGAAAUAGUAGUCUAAUUUUAUUAUUUUGAGUUGGAUGUUAGAGGAGGUUAAUGGAAUGGUGGAAACUGGUGCGGAAAAGUCUAAGACAAAGGUAACUUUUUGGUUUGUAUGCGUUUUCAGUGAAGCAUUAGGAAGACAAGCAAAAACUUUUUUUGUAACAAGUACUGUUAGGAAACGAAUAAGGCCAGAAAAAUAUGUUAAAAGCAUUUUUCUUAUUUGUGAUGUAUAAUAAUGUAAAUCUACACUAAUAAAAACAAUUGUGUUGAACAGAAA